GCAGGUUGACAACCUUGAUCCAUCGUGUCAACGGGAUGUUGAAGCCAAACGCGCUUUCGACGGACGCGUUAGAGGAGGAAGAAGAAGUUUCUACCAAAAGAAAAGAGAGGAAGAGGUAUGUGGGGACCACUAUCUUAGUCUUUGGUUUGCUCUGCCCGCCCCAGAGAUUAGUCUUCGCGACGAUUUAGCGCUCCGACGAGCUGUGCUUUGGUGAAAACGAGGAACUCGUGAAGAAUGGGGAACUGCUGCUCUGACGAGACCGGCGGCAGGUCGGCGUUUGGCGGUACUGGUGCUUCGGCUACCGGCGGCGGUGCUAAUGAUGCCGUUGAUGAGUUCCUCAGGUACCGCGGCUUCCAGGGACUCUUCUCUCAGAUCGAGUUAUCUUUUUCUGCAACCAACUUGCGCGACCGGGAUAUGAUUUCCAAGAGUGAUCCUAUGAUGGUUGUCUAUACGAAAGGAAGAGAUGGAGCCCUUACUGAAGCUUUCCGUACCGAGGUAGUGCUCAAUUCUUUGAAUCCGUCAUGGAUCGCAAAAUAUACAGUCACAUUCCAGUUUGAAGUUGUUCAAACUCUGUUGUUUCGCGUAUAUGACAUUGACACUCAAUUUCACAACGUGGAUGUUAAGGUAUGGAUUCAUAAUAGCGUAAUAUUUUAUGAGGCAUUAGAGAGAAUUGAGAGACGAAGUUAUAAGCUCAACUUGUCUGCAGGGUUCAAAAAUAUUGUGGCCAAGCCAGACAGGACCUUGACCUUAAAUCUUGUACAAAUAGAAGAUCCAGGCCAUCCUCGAAGCAGUGGACAGCUUAUUGUGCAUGCUGAGGAAUGCAUUAGCUCAAAGACUACUACAGAGAUGACAUUAAGGUGUUCAGACUUGGAAAGCAAGGAUCUGUUCUCAAAAAGUGAUCCUUUUCUGUCAAUAUCAAGAGUUACUGAGGGUGGGAUGCCAGUAGUUGUGUGUAAAGCAGAGGUGAUAAAGAAUGAUCACAACCCUACCUGGAAACCAAUUUCCUUGAACAUUCAGCAAGUUGGAAGCAAGGACAGUCCAUUGCUCAUACAGUGCUUUGACUUCAAUAGUAGUGGCAAACAUGAUUUGAUUGGACAAGUUCAAAUCUCACUAGCAGGGUUGGAAAAGCUUUGUUCUAGCCAGGAAGGAGUUUAUUUGUCUUUGCUAGAAGUUGGGCAUAAUCGAAGUACUAAGGUGCUUAAGAGCCAGCUUUGCGUGGACAAGUUCUCAGAGAGUAUACAACAUACCUUUCUUGAUUAUCUGAGAGGAGGAUAUGAACUGAACUUCAUGGUGGCUGUUGAUUUCACAGUAUUUGUUUUUGCAUUGAUAAGGAUGGCGAUCUUGGAGGUUGGAGAGGUGUUGCAGUUUUACGAUUCAGAUAAACGAUUUCCUGCCUGGGGAUUUGGAGCACGGCCAAUUGACGGUCCUGUCUCUCAUUGCUUUAACUUGAAUGGCAGCAACUACAACCAUGAGGUGGAGGGGCUCCAUGGAAUUUUGAUGGCAUAUUCAAGUGCUCUCUACAAUGUUUCUUUUGCAGGGCCCACCCUUUUCGGGCCUGUUAUCACUAAAGCCGCAACAAUAGCGAGCAAAUCCCUUGAAAAUGGAGGGAGAAAGUACUACGUUUUGUUGAUCAUUACGGAUGGGGUCAUAACGGAUCUUCAAGAGACGAAAGAUGCCAUAGUGCAAGCAUCCGACCUUCCGCUCUCCAUCCUUAUUGUAGGCGUUGGAGGAGCUGACUUCAAAGAAAUGGAGAUUUUAGACGGUGAUAAAGGAGAAAGACUUGAAAGCACAACCGGUCGCGUUGCUACGCGUGAUAUAGUUCAGUUUGUACCAUUGCGGGAUGUACAGAGUAAGAAAUCUAUAUAGUUUUUUCACCUCGCCCAAUCCAACUAGCUUCUUUACUUAUGAAUGGACCGGAUCGAUCUGACCAUCCUCAAAUUUCUAUCUUGCAGAUGGAGGAGGGAUCUCUGUUGUCCAAGAACUUCUAGCAGAACUACCCAGCCAGUUUUUAACCUACGUGCGGGCCAGAAAGCUUCAGCCACAUUCUUGAUAAACCACAAAAAAUGUGUACAUAUGGAAACUAUUAGUUACCAUACAAGAGGGAAAAAGAUAUCCCGGCUGGCGUUCUUAUUUCUUUGUCGAUGCUAAACGCCAAACUGGGCUUUCGGGGUGGGUUUGUAAACAAACGAUAGAGAGCCUCUUGGUUAAACACAACAGGGGGAGAGGGGUUUUUAACCUAAUGCCAAAAAGUAUCUUGUUAAUUAAGAUGGAAUGGUCUGAAUCUCGUGUAUUUGUUGCUAUGAGAUUUGUAUAAAUUGUUACAUACAUGCUCUUUUGAGAUUUAACGUCAUCUUUGAUGUUUGCUUCACCAUCUCUCAAGAGGGACCAUCUCUCAUGAGGGAAGCGGAGAGGCUUUGAUACUACUUUUAAGUUUUAACAUUUCAAUCAUUUUCUUGAUCAAAAUAGUGUCUGCUUUGAGUCUACCUUCAAAAGAUUUUGCUUUUGGGAUGC